AUGUUGUAUCCAGACCCUUCAAAUCUGCAUUAUGACAACACAUCCCUCGAAUGGGACGAUCCUACUUCCCACAAUGCCAAGCCGGACCUUUCCAAUGACGUCCCCGCCAUGUUCUUUAUAGCCAUCAAUACUGCGCUCCUCCUAGGGGCCCUCCCAGGGGUGUGCGCACAAUACUACAAAAUCGACACGCGAGAAAAUAUCCUCAAGUCAGCACGGACCCUCGCAUUCGACCUAAUGACCUUCUAUAAGGGCAAUCAGCCGGGCGAGAUUCCAGGCAUCUUGCCAGGCCCGCCGACCGAGGGCAAGGGCGACUAUUUCUGGUGGGAAGGAGGUGCAAUGAUGGGCACUUAUAUCGACUAUUGGCACUUUACGGGUGAUGAUACCUACAACCAAGACAUCAUGGAGGGGAUGAUACACCAGACCGGGCCCAAUGCCGAUUAUAUGCCACCAAAUCACACCGCGUCGCUAGGAAACGAUGAUCAGGGGUUUUGGGGCAUGUCUGCCAUGCUUGCAGCCGAGACGAAAUUCCCGAAUCCACCUUCUGACAAACCCCAAUGGCUCGCCUUGGCUCAAGCCGUAUUUAACACACAGGCCGAUCCCGGCCGGCAUGACCACUAUUGCAAUGGAGGCAUGCGCUGGCAGAUCCCAUUAGCGAACGGUGGAUAUAACUAUAAGAAUACUAUUGCGAACGGGUGCUUCUUCAACCUCGGUGCUCGCCUGGCCAGAUACACGAACAACGCGACCUACGCUCGUUAUGCUGAAGACACCUGGAACUGGAUAUAUGGGGUCAAUUAUAUCGAUCACGAAACGUGGCAGGUUUACGACGGUGGCACCAUCGAAGCCAACUGUACAGAUAUUAAUAAGGCAACCUUCUCGUACAAUGCUGCUAUCCUGACCCAAGGAGCCGCUUUUAUGUACAAUUAUACCGAGGCCGAUAUGUGGCGCGAACGCGUCGAGAAGCUCCUCGAUAACCUACUAAAGAGCUUCUUUCCCGAUGGUAUUGCCUAUGAAGUCCCUUGCGAGGGCGGAAGGGGUUGCACCACCGACAUGCUGUCGUUCAAAGGAUACGUUCAUCGCUGGCUUACUGUCGUCGCCCAAAUCGCCCCCUUCACCGCCGACAAGAUCCUCCCGGUGCUUCGCAAGUCCGCUCAGGCAGCCGUCAACCAAUGCACAGGUGGCGAAACUGGUCGCCGCUGCGGGUUCUACUGGAGCUCGGGGGAGUUUGUCGACCCGUCUGUCGACAAAACGACUGGCGCGGGUGAACAGAUGAAUGUCUUGGCCGCGGUGUCUAGCCUAAUGGUCAACGAGCCGAAUCCGCCGAAUGCGCCUGUUACCGACGCUACCGGUGGGAUUUCUCCGGGUGACCCGUCCGCGGGGGGUGGUCGGGGGGGCGGCGAUAUAACAGUGCACAAGGACAUUACGACGGCGGACCGUGCUGGCGCGGGUAUUUUGACAUUCUUGUUACUAGCUUGUUUACUGGGCACCUGCUGGUGGAUGAGUUUUGAGCGCUCGAAGCCUGAAGACGAAAAGUCCCCUGAGAACGCCGGCAAUAAGAGACAAUCGGCCGCCGAGCCGCCCGAAGGAACGGCGAAACGCCAUAUUAGAUGGUUAGGACGAAUCAUAGAUUCGCCGAAAGGGUAG